AUGGUCCCAAUACCUCCCUCAUUUCCACUUCCUCCAUCAGCACCUCCAUCAGUUAUUUUAGCUCAACCACCUCCUAACACUUUUUGUGGACCUCCAUGUCCUCCUCCUCCGAUGAUGUUUUGCCUUAAUGUACCACCAGCCUCACGUACACCUAUACCUCCACGAUUAUUUGACAUGCCACCUCCACCGCCGAUAGGCUGUAUUUGCCCUCCAGGUUAUGUGCCUUGUUCUAAAAAAUUUUGCUGCUCACGACGAAAGAAUAGGGAUUCGCCAUUAAAAGAAUUUGUUAAAACUAACAGCUCAAAAAAUGAUGAAAGGUAUCUAUUAAUUACCAAACAAAUAAACUCAAGACAUGGGAUUUUUAAUAAUAUUUUUUAA